AGUACAACAAGAUGGCGGUAAAUACGGAUAAGAAACCUGCGCUUGUUAUAAUUUUCUGAUGUAUUCCUAAAAUUUGUAACCAACAAUGAGUCUAUCGACACAACAGGCAGAUGAUGACAACCAGAAUAUUCUGAUCGCAAAAGUUGACAAUGCAAGGAAUGUUUCAAGUAUACUGAAAGCCAUAAACUUCAAAGAAACUGCCACAGUGUUUGCCAGUCCUAUGGGUCUGAAGGUGACGGUGGAAGAUGCAAAGUGUGUUCAAGCCAAUGCAUUCAUACAAGAGGCAAUUUUCCAUGAAUUUUCAAUCAAGGAAGAUCAAAUUACAUUCAAGAUAAAUUUGACAGUGUUAUUAGAAUGUCUGACAAUAUUUGGCAGCAGCAACAUCCCCGGUGUGACGACCAGUCUGAAGAUGUGUUAUGCUGGUUAUGGCUGCCCCCUUGUGCUCAUUCUAGAGGAGGAGGGUGUUCUGACAGAUUGCAGCAUCAAGACCCUGGAGCCAGAUGAAGUGCUGGACUUUGAUUUCUGUAGUACCAAUGUCAUCAACAAGAUCAUCAUGAAGUCUGAGUGCGUCAGAGAAGUGUUCAGCGAGCUAGACAUGAGCAGUGAUGUUCUACAGAUCCUCAUGUCUCCAGACAAACCUUACUUUCAGCUGUCGACCUUUGGCAAUGCUGGCAGUACUCAUUCUGCCUUUCCGAAAGACUCUGACAUGGUGGAAUCCUUCCAGUGUCAACAGACUCAAACCAACAGGUACAAGCUAGCUCUGCUCAAGCCAACAGUGAAAGCUCUGGCUCAGUCCACUCGGGUGUCCAUCAGAACCGACAACAGAGGCUUCCUGUCUCUACAGUACAUGAUCAAGAAUGAAGACAACCAAGUCUGUUUUGUGGAAUUUUAUUGUGCCCCAGAUGAAGAAAUGGAGGAACCAGAUCACUGACACAGGAAUGUACAUUGUAUGUAUGUGGGAUUGUGAGAUGUCAACAAGUCUUGUUCUUGGAUAUGACUGAGUGAUGAGGAUGACUUUCAGGACCAAUGGAGAACUGUUAUCAGUCUUCUUGAAGGCCCAGCCAGAUGUGUGCAUGUCCAGUAAUUUCACAUUACAAUCAUCGAUCAGAAGCUGUCAUCAUCUCAUCAACAUCCUUAACAUCACUGAUGCCUGGGUGCAUGCACUGGCAGGCUGGUCAAGGAGCAUUACAAGACGGAGACAUUACGUGGUGUGUGACAUCCCUAUACCUCCUGGGCUCGCACUUCGGUAAACCUAGUCAUCAUUGGAUCCUUUUCUAUGAUUCUUGUGGUUUGCAAAUUUCCUGCCGUUCAUCUUCUUUAACGUUUUACUGAUCCUUUGUUUUCUUGAAGGAAAGUGUAAGGGAGGUAACUUGUGUUACCUAGAAACCAAAGCUACCACCAGUUUUGAUUGACAUGAAGACAUCAUUUCCAUGAUGAAGAUUUUUGAGAACUUUCUUUGCAUGUCAGUCAGUUUUUUAAGAUUGAAUUCUCACUAACUUGAUCAUACUCAAUGGAACUUGGAACCCAAGAUUGAGGAGCUUUUGUAAGUCCCAUGCUGAUGGGUACCUCCCAAUUUCAUUGGUUCAUUAGACCUGGUUGUAUAGCCAAUCAAACUGACAAAUUGAAAACAAGGGCAGGACCAUGCAAAUGGAUCAAGUGGUGGAUAUAGGUUUACUCCGGGCCCAGGAUGGGUGUGUGAUUAUGAGAUAUUUUUAUUUUUCAUAAAUAGUCAUACUUCA